UUUUCUUCUUUGAAAAGCAAGGUUUCCUGGUUCUGUUUGGAGUGCAACUAGUGGAUGUAGCUGGUCUUCUUCAUCUAGAUUUAUUGGAGACAAACAGCUUCUUGGCGUUCAUAUUGGGGCUGAUCGAUAGCCUAAACUGCUGCCUCUCCGGUUGAGGAAAACAGUUGCAAACACUCGAUCCCCACUUUUAUCGGACUCUCUUUCCAGAAACACCACAUGGCUGACGAAGGAAGCACCCCACCGGCACAGAAUCUGUAUGAAAUCCUUGGUCUAGACAAGCAUGCAACAGAUGAAGAGAUCAAGCGUGCAUACAAGAAGCUUGCACUGAAGCACCACCCGGACAAGAAUGUCGGCGAAGGGAACCAGGAUGCCACGGAAAAGUUUAAACAGAUCAACACGGCAAAGACAGUCUUGCUGAACCCAAAGAAGCGCAAGUGUUAUGACCGAUAUGGCGACUAUGGCCUCACGAUGGCUGAUCAGCUGGGUGAUGAUGGCAUUGACUUAUUGCUGAAGAUUGACACCUGGUGGUGCAAGGGCCUGUGCUGCUUCUGCGGCAUCAUCACACUGUGCUACUGCUGCUGCUGCGCAUGCUGCUGCUGUGCGCCGUGCCGCAAGCCCAAGGACUUCGACGACGCGGACAUGGAGCCGCCGUCGGAUGACGAGACCGAGGUCAUCACCAAGGAACCGACCAGUGCCUAUCAGAGCUUCGACAACACCACCCCGCCGCCGUCCGGCUCCGGCGAUUCGCAGCCCAUCGUUCUCGGACCGCCCUGAGCAACGACAUCAUCAUCAUCAUCGUCGAUUGUAUCUCCUUGGUGUGUGUGUGUGUGUGUGUGUGUGUGUGUGUGUGUGUGUGUGUGUGUGUGUGUGUGUGUGUGUUAUGACCGCAAUAGUUGUCAUCAUUAUCAUCAUGAUCUCUGUCCUCGUCAUUGCCACGGCGAUUCAAACGAGUCUGGUGUCACACCCGGGGACUGCGUGCCUGCUGCAGGAGCCAGCCCGCCUUCUGUGAUGACGCGAUGUGCGGCAACGACAGAUCAUCGCUGAUCUAUCUCCAUAUAUAUCUCUCUUCUUCUUCUUCUUCUUCUUCUCUCUCUCUCUCUCUCUCUCUCUCUCUCUCUCUCUCUCUCUCUCUCUCUCUCUCUCUCUCUCUCUCUCUCUGUCGCUCUCUCUAGCUUUACGGAGUAGCGGCGGACAACUCAACUCGUUCAUCCAAAAUUGUCCUCCCCGUCCCCGUCAAAUGGCGACCAAUUAUUUUAGGCCGUAUAUUCUCGUACUGUCUUUGAUUUUCUUUCUCUACUUGGUCCCUGGAAUGGGCCGUUUGAUUUGUUUAUUAUUAGUGUACAUCUGGUUUUAAUGUGCAAACUCUAGGACUCAUUUUUAAUUCGACUUUUAGGAAAAGCGUCCGUGCUUGCCAUAUGUUGGAUCGUCUUCAUACAGUCUUUCCUUGUGUUUACUUUUUUUCUAUGAUUGUUUUUCAUGGGUUGUGUUGUGUUGUUGCAGCACGUGUCCGGCCCGA